CUCAAAAAUCUGCGCAGACUGAUCGACGACUAUAAUCCUAGAGACGUGUUCAAUUUGGACGAGACCGGACUAUUUUACCAGAUGCCGCCGCGGAAACUUCAAGGUGGCAAGACCAAAAGACCAAAACAUUUGACAGUCGGCCUGUGCUGCAACAUGGACGGCAGCGAGAAGCUGGAGCCCGUCGUGAUCCACAGCGAGCAAAAUGGGCUCGACGGGACCCAAAUUCCAGUGCGACAUUAUGCCAAUGCUCAAGCCUGGAUGACGGGGGACAACUUUACCGACUGGCUGCAAGCUUUCAACGCGCUGAUGAAAGAUCGCCAUGUGCUGCUGUUGGUGGACAACGCGCCGUGUCAUGGCACGACGGAGUUUGAGCUGUCGAAUGUUCGGGUGUAUUUCCUACCGCCCAACACUCCGUCCCACCUCCAGCCGAUGCGAGCGGGGAUCAUCCAGCAGUUCAAAAUUCACGUUAAGGCGCUUGGUGUGCAGCGGAUUCUGGAC